CGACAACUUUCAUGGCGACGAACAAUGGGGACGUUUUGAUGCUGGAGGCGGCGCCUCAGGCUACGAAGCCAUGGGCGAGCGCGGCGAACGCGGAAGUCAUCGAUGCGCUUCCUUAUAUAGAUGAUGACUACGGCAAUCCACUGAUUAAAGCUGAGGUGGACCGAUUGGUGGAGGAAGAGAUGCGUCGGAGCUCAAGGAAGCCUGCUGAUUUCCUCAAGGAUUUGCCUCCUCUUCCAAAGUUCGAUUUCGAGAACUGUCCAGUGCUUGGCAAAGAGUAUGAGCGUGUUCGAGCUGGGAAGCCACCAGUGAGGAUCGAUUUCGAGUGCCGGUAUAAGCAUGAAUUGCCACCUGCUAGUAAGAAAAAUGAUGAUGCUGCAUGGAAGCAGUAUCUUCACAAGACUCAACGGUCAUUACAACAGAAGAUGAUCGAGCUUGAGAAUUUGGAAAUGAUGUCAAAACAUGGCCCUGAGCUUUGGAGACAGAACAAUCAUCGGCUAGAAGUAUUCUUGACCAGAAUGCAAAGACUAGCUCAGGAGCAGAACGAGGAGAUUGAAAAAGUCAAUCGUGAAAGGAAGUAUCAUCAGCAAACUACAGCGUAUGAGCUCAACGCUCUAUCUCAAGAAUGGAGACAGCUCUGUGUCAAGAAUAUGGAGAUCCAGUCUGCGUGUGCGAUGCUUGAGACACAAAUCGAUUCAUUGAAAAGGGAAGCUGUUGAAAGGGGAUGGAACUUAGAAGAGAAACUAGAGAGUGUCAAAUCGCUUCAAUCGCAGUGACGCAACCGCUCGUGCUUGCGUUUACUGAUUUGUUUAAAAGCUUAUAUGAAUCCAUCUAUCAUGUGUCCGCUAUAUUUUUGAAUGUUUUCUUUUUAGUAUAAGAGAUUAUCAGAAACAUACAACAGAGUAUUAGGUGAAUGGAUGUCUAUUUAUGUAAUAACAUUUUAGAGUUGUUUUUUUUUUAAUUAUUAAACAUCUUUACAUUCUUUUUCAUCUUCAUAUUUUUCUUCCUAAUUUCUCUCUGAAACCA